AUGCACGCGGAGUGUCAACAAGGACUACUGCAAUCGAGGGCGAGAGAGAACAAAGAUUCAGGCCUUAUCGCUAUUAUUUUACCGAAAAAAAUGAUCAACAAUAACAGUAGUAAUAGUACUACUAAUACUAAUAAUAAUAGUAAUAGUAGUAAUAGUAAUAGCAGCAACGACAGCCAAUCGUUCUUCUUCCUGUCCGUCUUUAUAACAAACACUAUAAGAAGCAGGCUGCGGGCUGCUCGUGGCCGCCGCUACCAACACCAUCCACCUCUUCCUGGCACCCGCACCAAUAACACCACUGCCAACACUAAAGCUACUACUAUUAAUUGGAAUAGUAAUAACACAGUAGACAACGAUGACACUACCAAGUCCACUUCCACCUUAGAAGAUGACAACGACGACGACGAUGACGACGACGACGACGACGACGACGACGACGACGACGACGACAACGACACUGUCCGAUUUAUCAGUAGUACAAUUCCGUUGUUAUUGUUGAAUGAACGACGUCUGAUCCUUUCGAACAAAGGCAUCGAUGGCACGAUGAGAUAUCUCUACUAUGGAUAUCACUUACGAGACUCGCCCCAGGCACUAAGGUACUUUUCCUCCCGAUACUUGCAAGACAUGACACACACCAACGCCUUUUACACUCUCUUAUUAUAUUCCUUCUCCUCCUCCUCCUCCUCCUCCUCUUCUUCUUCUUUUUAUUAUUAUUAUUAUAAUUAUUUUUCUUUCUUUUUUUUCUUUUUUUUAAUUUCUGCCGUUGCUACUAUUGCUUGUUGCUGCUACUGCUGCUGUUGCUGCUACUGCUGCUGCUACUGCUGUUGCUGCUGCCGCAACCAACACGGCUUCAACGUCGCUAGUCUUCAACUAUUCUCUCUUUCUCCUCCCUUCUCGUCUUCCACCUCCUUCCUUCCUGCCAGACCCGAUCGUACCAGCGACCGCCUUAACCGUCCACACCACACCACACCAGCCUUCGCUGGUCCUUGCUACUACUCUCCUUCUUCCUUCCUCUCUCUCUCUCUCUCUCUCUUUUUAUUUUCUUUUUCUCACUCACUCACUCACUCACUCACUCUUUCUUUCUUUCUUUCUUUCUUUCUUUCUUUCUUUCUCUCUUUCUUUCCUUCCUUCUCGUCUCGUCCCGUCUCGUCUCGUCACGUCUCUUCACUAUGACGUGCGAGACGCCAUCUUGAAAUUCACCUUUCAGCCUUUUUCCCUUUCCUUUCCUUCCUUCCUUCUUUCCUUUCCUUUCCUUUCUUAAAGAAAAAUUUUCUCCUUUGCCUGUCACGAGUUAACUCGAGUUACAACCAACCAUCCGUCCUUGGAUCUCGACUAAGACUACUACUACUACUAGUCUCGACCCUUACUCGUCCACUCCCGCGCGAACCAAAUAUCCGAUCUGUCUCUCUUCUACUAUUCUCGAUCGUUCAUGAAAGCGUUCCGUCUAUGCCUUUCCCCUCCCACUUUUCUCUCUCUCACUUUAUCUCUCUCUCUCUCUCUCUCUCGCUCGUUCUCAAUCACUUAGUUUCUCUAUCUCUCUCUCUCUCUCUCUCUCUCUCUUUCUCUCAGUGUGUGUAUCCCUCUCUUUCUCUUUCUCACACUUCCCGAAUGAGUGACUGUCGAACGUCAUCGAGCGCUUUUCCGAUCACACCACGUGACACUCUUAUCCUUCACUCUGAUUGGUCGUUACAGUAAACGUCCACCAAUCAAAAUUCUAGACGAGGAUUUAUUCUAAUCUUUCUUUAUAUUUGUUACUUCAUCUUUUUCAUCUACUUUGUCUCCUUCUCUUCUUCUUCUUCCUUCUUCUUCUUCUUCCUCCUCUUUUUCUUUCUCUUCUUCCUCCUCCUCCACCCUUUUCUUCUUCUUCUUCUUCUUCUUCUUCUACCGAUUCUACUUAUUACCUCUUACUUCUUCUUAUUGUUAGUGCGCCCGUGUUGUUUCUACUACUAACGAUAGCCGAACGUAGGAAAAGUUCUCUUGUCUUUUUACCGGAUGCAGGGACCAACGUUGGUUUCUCUUAUCUUUAGGAGGAGGCUAACGAUAUCUACGACCUCGACGUUCCCGUUCCCGUUCAUUGUGGUUACACUUACUUCGGAAAGAGCACAUUGUUAGGAUUACUACUACUGAUAAAAUAAGCCGCUUUGUGAUGAUAUCCCAAAAGUAGUUAUGAUAGAUAUGGAUGAUCCUAAGCACCUUUCUUAAAAAUUUCGUUUUUCUUUUUUUUUUUUUUUUUUUUGUUUCCUCUUUUUCUUUUUCUUUCCCGUUGCUCUUUAUCUUUUUCCCUUUCUUUCUUUCCCUUUUAUUUUUUUCUUUUUAAAUUUCCCUUUCCCAUCUUAUCUACUUCCUAUUCUCUAACAAUUUUUCCUUAGUUCGUCUUAUAACAUAAUGAUCACUGUUAGAAUAUUUCCGGUACGAGCACGAAUUUCUUACAAGGACGUAAAAUUGUUCGGCGUAUUUUUCUAAGGGUUGUCGCUCUCCCCACCAUGUCUUCAGUUUCUACGUUCUUUUAAAAAUUACUUAUUAUCUUAAAUUGUUUAGCAUUAGAGCGGAUUGAAAAAAAAAAAAGAAAUUACGAAGGAAUAAAUGGAGAAAAUAGUCGAUGAUUUUUUUUGAAAGAAUAUGUAUAAGAUUUAUAUAUAUAUAUAUAUAUGUAUAUAUACCAGUUUUUAAAUAAUGUUUAAUUAAGUGUGCAUAUGACUGCCUGCGUGCGUGGGUGCGUACGUACGUCCGUGUGUCUAUUUUUAAUAAUUUUGAAACUGGAACUUUCAAGUUUAUAUGUUCUUCGAGAAGUAAAUUAAAAAAAGAUAAUUAAAUUAAUCGAGAGCAAAAAUGAAUACUCCGUAUCUUCAACCAAGUCCCAUGCCAAUGAAUCAACCAUGGAUGCAACCUAUUGCGAGUGCACCAGCAUCAAAUGAAUUUCCAUUGCCGUAUGCCCCACAGGCACCGCAAGGUGGUUGGCCAAUACCCAAUAUGAUUUGUCCACCAGGUUUGGAAUACCUUAUGGGCCUUGAUCAUUUGUUUGUGAAACAAAAAGUCGAACUUUUGGAAGUUAUUACCGGAUGGGAAACGCGCAAUAAAUAUAACAUAUUGAAUAUAAGAGGUGAACAAGUUUAUUACGCUGCUGAAAAAUCUGACUGUUGUUCACGUUUUUGUUGCGGCACUUAUCGCAGUUGUGAAUUCAAAGUAUUUGAUGGUAUUAGAAGAGAAAUUCUUCAUAUGGUUCGUCCAUUAAGGUGUGACAGCUGUUGCUGUCCUUGUUGCUUACAGGAAUUGGAAGUAUAUUCUGGCGGUGUUCUUUUGGGAUCGGUUGUUCAAGAUUGGACUAUAUUUAGGCCAUGGUUUUCAAUACUCAAUGCAAAUGGCGACACAGUUUUGAAGAUAAAAGGACCAUUAUUACGUUUCUGCGUAGAAGUUGAUUUUAAAGUAAAGUCUGCUGAUGGUACUCAACGAGUUGGCAUGAUUAGUAAAUAUUGGAGUGGCAUUACUCGUGAAUUUUUUACGGAUACCGAUAAUUUUGGUAUAAGUUUCCCGAUUGAUCUUGAUGUCAAAAUAAAAGCUGUCCUUCUGGGUGCUUGUCUCUUGAUAGACUUCAUGUACUUCGAAAAUUCAAGAGAUUGAAAUGGUGAAUAUUUAAGCACA